CACCGGUGCUGAGCAAAGAUGGCAGAAAGGGGGUACAGUUUCUCACUCACCACGUUCAGGUAACUUUUACAAAUGACUGUAGUGGCGAAAGUUUUGCUAGUUUGGGUAUUGCAGGAAAACAUUGUAAGGAAGAAGGAUCGAACUCGAGCAAGUUGUUUAGAAACCAGACUGUUGCUCGCGGUGGUUUGAUGCUUUGUCAUUCUGUUGCUAGCUAAUGUUAGGCUAGUCGUAGGAAGUGUGAUUUUUCUAGUUCAAGUUCUUCAAACAGGCAACUUUAAUAGCCAACACAUUGUCUCUUCAUGCCAUUUGCCCUCUUUCAGUAAUUAAGUGAUUAGCUGAGAUGCUAACUUUGCAAAAAGGCAUCUGGAAUUGCUGUUGAAAGUUUAGAACUUUCACUUUCAGUUUGUUGAUUGCCUUGGGCGAGAGUGUGAGUCACUAGCUAACGUUACACCAAUACAUCUAAACACAACAAAAGGAUUGGACUGAUCAGACCAAGCCUAAAGUAUUUGUUUGUCAUGACGUUAUUAAUGGAACGUUUAAACAAUUCCCCCCCCACACAGCCCAUCUGGUAAACUGGUCCAGAUUGAGUAUGCCCUGUCAGCCGUAGCAGCAGGAGCCCCCUCAGUGGGAAUCAAAGGUAAAGAAGACUUUAAACGAUAACCCAAUAUGGCUGCGUUCACACAGGCAACCCAAUUCUGAUCAUAUUUUCACUAAUUGGUCUUUUGACCAAUCACUUCAGAGCUGAUCUGAUUGGUAAAUUAGUGGAAAAAAGAUUAGAAUCGGGCUGCCUGUCUAAACGCAAACCAUGUACUAUAACAUGUAUAAAGUGGUACAACCACCAGGCAAUGUCUUUUUAUAUACAAGAUGCAUGUGUCCAUGGUACCAAACUCUUUUAAAGAGCAACUGCCCCUAAAAACCAACUUCUCGUUUAGAAAACAACCUAUGUGCCAUCGAUAUGAGUCAGGAACAUUUAUUCUGUCAAAAUUGACUACAAAGUGUUAAUAGGAUAAUUUGGGUCAUAAAGUCAGUCUCGUCCAAAACUGAUUUUUGUACCGGAGUAUGUAAAUUAAGGUUGGGUUUAUUUCAACCCGGUCCACAGCUGGCAGCACACAAGUUAUUAUUCAUUCGGAGUGCAGCUGCAUGCGACCCGAUUGUAAUGCCUGUGGUAAAUGUGCUUUGACUUUGGAUAUCCCUAAAUAUUGAAAGUAUUUAAUGAGAACUAAAAGGUGUGCAACAUGAAAAUAUUGUCUCAUUUACAUUGUUAUUUAUUGACGGUCCCUAACUAGCCUCAGAGAUGAGCUAUCCAAAGUCGAACCAAUUUUGCCACGGUCGCACACCAGCCGGCUGAAGCUAAUUGGCGAUAUAAUUUGGCUAACUCUUCCCACCUGCGAACACACACGAGACCCUCAUAUCAAACCACACCCCGAAACCAACUCAUGUUUGAAUUCAGUCAUGUCUGCUAGCAUUUCUAAGGCUACGUUUAUAAUUUAUUUUCACUGAUUGGUCUUCUGACCACUCAGAUCAGCUCUGAAAAAGAUCUGAGGUGAAAAGAUCUGAUGUGAUUGGAAAAAAUAUCAGAAUUGGUCUAAACACAGCCUUAAUGAACCAAAUCUACAACGAGGCCAAAUCAGGAAGUUCAGCCGCCCUUUAUCAGCAUUACAGAAGACAGUCAGAUUUUGAUGAUCUCUUUCUCCCUGUUUAAGCCUCAAAUGGAGUCGUUUUGGCAACAGAGAAGAAACAGAAAUCUAUACUGUACGACGAGACGAGUGUUCACAAAAUCGAGAUGAUAACCAAACAUAUUGGCAUGGUUUACAGUGGAAUGGGUCCAGACUACAGGUACAUACUGGUGUGUGUGUGAGGGAGAGAGUGAGACUGCCUUUCCUUGAGUUUCUAAAUAUUGGGUUUACAACAGGGACAAAGAUGUCUUUGAAAUGUAUCUCUUGUUACUCUGCAGGGUGCUGUUGAGGAGAGCGAGGAAACUGGCCCAGCAGUACUUCCUGGUCUAUCAGGAGCCAAUCCCCACAGCCCAGCUGGUUCAGAGGGUAGCCUCUGUCAUGCAGGAGUACACACAGUCUGGGUCAGUUCUGUUCUGUGGGUUUCCUCAAGUUUUAUCAGGGCUGGCCGACUGAGUGUGCAGGCUUUUGCUCCAACCCAACUGAUUCAGCUAAUCAAGGUCCUGAUGAGCAGCUGAUUGGUAGGAUCUGAUGUGUUAGAGCAGGGCUGAAGGAAAAGCCUAAAGCCCGUACACCCAGUAUCUUUCCAGGAGGGUUGGCCACUGCCGAGUUACAAUAUGUUGAUAAAGUAGUUGUUUUUACCUGAAUUUCUAGAGAGUAACAUCCUGUGUAUUUUCAGUGGAGUGCGACCCUUUGGUGUGUCACUGUUGAUAGCUGGAUGGGAUGAUGAUCACCCUUACCUCUUCCAGUCAGAUCCCUCUGUAAGUAUGCAUGGAAGUAUAAACCCACUCAAUAAUUUAAUUGCUCCGUGUCUAGACCGUUCAUGGAGCUUUUGUAUUCUCAUCAAGGAGUUCUGAUCAUGGAGUUCCGAACACGUCAUGCGUCUAAACCUGCAUUUAAAUGUGCCGAUACCCCUUUCCUGCACUAUAUUCAAAUGCAUAAUGUAAACGGUGGAAAGGACUAAAUCUGAUAACACAGAAAUUUUAUGGCAGAACUAAAGGGAUUGCAAACGGGUUAGCAUAACAAAAAAUAGUUUUUCUAAAUAAGCUAGCAGCUACCAUUUAUGAAGCCAGCAAACACAUUCCUCACACACUAGGAACAUAUUUCCUCCAACGUUAAAUGAAAAAAGUUGCCUCUUGCUCCCAAAACACACGUGCUGAUGACGUCGCCCAGUGUAUGCGCUUUCCGUAGCCUGAUUGUCUCCAGACUGAGGAGAAAUCCGCACAAAAUGUCCCCCUGACCACCUCCUGAAGUGGUCAGUCAGAUCUGAACACAAUCCGACCACAACCAGUCUUUUCAAUGCAAUCUUGGUGUUCUGAUGGCAGAAGUCGCAUGUAAGUGUCAAGUGUAGCCACAGCCUGUGUCUUCUCUACUGUUAAAUGUGCAUAUGUAACGGACGUCACGUUGCUUGCUUAGCGAGAACCACUCCCCCCCCCAUUCGGCUCAUACCUGGCUCGAACUCGGGACCUCUGUUUGGCUAACACGUGGCUGCCCUCCUUGACAACUUUCAACGGUUUGAGCCACCCAAAAGGUACCAAUUGGAUAGCUCCAUCUGCGACAUUUCAAGCUAGCUGUGGAAUGAGUUUACCGUACGUUCUUAACUCCGUUACACAUUAUUUUUCCGGUACUAACUAUGAUUAUUUUGAUAUACACAGGGUGCAUACUUUGCAUGGAAAGCAACAGCGAUGGGAAAGAACUACGUUAAUGGGAAAACAUUCCUUGAAAAGAGAUACAACAUGGAUCUGGAACUUGAAGACGCUAUCCACACAGCAAUCUUAACAUUGAAGGUAAUUAAUCUCACCUGCAGUUUUAGUACCCUUCCCUCUCAGAAGUAUUUAAGAAACAUUGUAGAAAAUGUGAUACUGUGUUUAGGUUAUAGUUUGAAUAUUUAAUGAUUUACUUUGUCAUGUCGUUAUAUUGAAAUCCAUGCAUUUACUGCAUUGCAUUAAUAUUGUUCUGUGUGUGUGUGUUUUAAAGGAAAGUUUUGAGGGUCAGAUGACAGAAGAUAACAUUGAGGUGGGGAUCUGCAACGAGGCAGGUUUCAGAAGACUCACCACAGCAGAGGUCAAGGACUACCUGGCAGCCAUUGCAUAAAAUGCCCCCUCCAUGGGAGUCAUGGCAUGGACUACUUCAGAUCAGCUGUAUACUUUUUACAAACCAAAUACAAUACAGUUUUUUGCAGUUUAGCAGAUUUCUAUAAUUUGUAUUUUUUUCCUCCGGUUAUACCUAUUCACAUACUACUAAUAAAUUACGAUUUAUGUAAUAAUA